AUGCAAAUGUCUUUGAUGCUUGGACGACAACAAAUCUUUCUAGAAGUCGAAGAUCAGCUUCUCUCUCAAUUAAAUGCGAAUUUCUAUUUGAACAAACACUUUCUUGCCUUUGCUCGCGAAUUGGAUUUGAUGACACCAAAAACUCCAGAUGAGGUUUACAAAACUUAUUUGGAGCCAAAUCGUCCAUUUGCUACUCAACAAGUUAAAAAUAUGACCCUGCAAAAUUUGGCUUCUUCCUUUGUUAAUGGUUUUGUUAACGCUGGAUUUGGAACUGACGCGUUUUUCAAAGAUGAGAAGAGCACCAGUGAUUGGUUAGCAAAACACAAAGAAUGGGCCGCUUUUUCUACUGCUGCUACGUUUGGUUUGAUUCAUCAUUGGAAUGUGGAUUCACUCAACAACUUUGAAAUUCAUACACAAUCAAAGGAUAUUUAUGUGAAGGCCGGCGCUCUAUUUGCCACUGGUAUCGUCUUUUCAGGCGUCCAGGAUCCUGAAGUCGAUCCUGCCUAUGCCAUCUUGCAGGAUUUUCUAUUCAAUGAACACUUACCUUUACGCGUUGCGUCAAUAUUUGGUCUGGGAUUAGCCUAUGCAAAUAGUAAACGCCAAACAGUUAUUGACAACGAAGAAAGUGUUGUGCAAAGUUUAAGAAAGGUUAUCGCGGAUGAUCAAAUUUUGGCUAAUCAAGCUGAGGUCAAAGGACUUGCAGCAUUGUCUCUCGGUUUCAUUCUUAUUGGAUCAGGACGAGAAAACAGUGAAACUGUUUGUGAAUUGCUUACUUAUUUAAUGAGCGGUGUUGAUUUGAAUGAUGUUAAUAUGCGUUUGGUGGCUCUUGGAAUUGGGCUUAUAUUUUUGGGAAGACAAAAUGAAUGCGAUGAAACAAUACUUGAGCCACUUCGUGCACUUUCCGACCCAUUUGGAAAAAUUGCUUCAACAUUGGUAGAUGUUUGUGCUUAUGCUGGAACUGGAAAUGUUUUGAAAGUGCAAGAGAUGUUGCAUAUUUGUUCUGAACAUUACGAGAAGGAAGCGCAGAAAGAGGAGUCAAAAACCAAAGUUCCUUCUGGUGCUCCAUUGCCUGAUAUUACAGCACCUGCUGCCUCUGUACCAACUAAUUCUGCCAAUGGAGAUGCUGAGGAAGGGGAAGCUGCUACCUCCACAAAAUCGCAAACAAAGUAUGAAGAGGCUCCAGAAUGUUUAAGUCAAGCAGUAGCUGUUCUUGGCAUUGCGCUUGUUGCUAUGGGUGAAGAUAUUGGAUCACAAAUGUGCCUCCGACAGUUUGGACACUUGUAUCGCUAUGGAGAGCCAGUUAUUAGACGUGCCGUUCCUUUAGCUCUUGCUCUUUUGAGUCCAUCAAAUCCUCAAUUAACUGUUAUUGAAACACUCAGCAAGUAUAGCCACGAUUCUGAUGCAGAAACUGCAAGAAACGCAAUCUUUGCCUUAGGAUUGGUUGGAGCAGGAACGAACAAUGCAAGAGUAUUGGUAGAAAAUGGUAGAAGAAGAACCUACAAUUAA